AUGGCUUACGUUUUAACAGAAACCGCCGCCGGUUACGCCUUAUUGAAGGCCUCCGACAAGAAAAUCCACAAGUCUUCUUCUUUGAUUGAAGACUUGAACACUGCAGAAAAAGUUGCUGAACAAUUCAAAAUCCAUCGUUUUGAAAAGUUCCAAUCUGCUGCCAGUGCCUUGGAAGAAGCCAACGCCAUCAUUGAAGGCCGUGUCUCUGACAACUUGCAAAAGAUGUUGGAAGAUGUUAAGAAUGAUAAGAAGGCUACUUUGAUUGUUUCUGAAACCAAGUUGGGUAAUGCCAUUAACAAGUUGGGGUUGAACUACUCUGUUGUUUCUGACGCUGCUUCUUUGGACUUGCACAGAGCUAUCAAGCAAUUUUUGCCUGAAUUGUUGCCAGGUUUAGAUGACACUGCCUUGAAGCAAAUGUCUCUUGGUUUGGCCCAUUCCAUUGGUCGUCACAAGUUGAAGUUCUCUGCUGACAAGGUGGAUACCAUGAUUGUUCAAGCUAUUGCCCUUUUGGAUGACUUGGACAAGGAAUUGAACACUUAUGCCAUGAGAUGUAAGGAAUGGUACGGUUGGCAUUUCCCAGAGUUGGCUAAGAUGAUUACCGACUCUGUUGCUUACGCUAGAAUCAUUUUGACCAUGGGUGUUAGAUCCAAUGCUUCUGAAACUGAUUUAUCUGAAAUCUUACCUGAAGAAGUUGAAGAACAAGUUAAGUCUGCUGCUGAAGUUUCCAUGGGUACUGAAAUCACUGACAUUGAUUUGGAAAACAUUAGAGCUUUAGCUGAUCAAAUCGUUGACUUUGCUGCCUACAGAGAACAAUUAUCCAACUACUUGUCUUCUCGUAUGAAGGCUAUUGCUCCAAAUUUGACCUCUUUGGUUGGUGAAUUGGUUGGUGCUAGAUUGAUUGCCCACGCCGGUUCUUUGACCUCUUUGGCCAAGGCCCCAGCUUCCACCAUCCAAAUCUUGGGUGCUGAAAAGGCUUUAUUCAGAGCUUUGAAGACUAAGCAUGACACACCAAAGUAUGGUUUAUUAUACCAUGCUUCCUUGGUCGGACAAGCUUCCGGUAAGAACAAGGGUAAGAUUGCCAGAGUUUUAGCCGCCAAGGCUGCUGUUGCCUUGAGAUACGACUCUUUGGCUGAAGAACGUGACGAUUCCGGUGAUUUCGGUUUGUCUGUAAGAGCCAAGGUUGAAUCUAGAUUGAGUGCUUUGGAAGGUCGUGACAUGAGAACCACUUCCAAGAUUGUGAGAGAACAACCAAAGGUUGACAUCACUGAAGCUAGAGCUUACAACGCUGACGCCGAUGCCCCAGUUGCUGAAGCUGACUCUGAUGACGAAUCUGAAGCUGAAGUUGAAGAAAAGAAAUCUAAGAAGGAAAAGAAGGAAAAGAAGGACAAGAAGAGAAAGAGAGAAGAAGACGAUGAAGAAGAAGAAGAAGAAGUAAAGCCAAAGAAAGAAAAGAAGGAAAAGAAAGAAAAGAAGGAAAAGAAGGAAAAGAAAGAAAAGAAGGAAAAGAAGGAAAAGAAGGAAAAGAAGUCCAAGAAAUAA